CUUUUUAAUAACUAUUCCACGAGACAGAGCCUCCUGGCUUGAUUGUCGUGACUCUGACCCCUUCAUUUACCUUCAGAAGAAAUCCAACAGGCGCUUUGAUAUCUAAACUCCUCAGAACGGUUGAUUGUAUGCCGACGUCACAUUAACACGUCAUGGCCGACACACCUCGAUCCAACGCUGAGGACGAGCGUGUAGCCCGGGUGAUAUCAGGUCAUCUUCCAUCCGGCUACACGGCAGAAUGGGAUGCUGGACAGAGUGCAAACGGCGAGCCUGCCGUCGAUGGAGCAGAGGCCGCUAAUGAAUCGUCACUCCUGCUUGAGGGAGGCGACAUCACUAGAGACUUAUACAAAAUCCACCAAAGGGCCAAACUGAGCCAGCGAGCCGCAACAUUCUCACAUCCUAACGAGAGCUCAGCUGAAUUCGAGAACGAUUUGACUGUCGCUGAGCAACGUCUGCCCGGUGGGUUUCGUCGACAAUUCGUGCAGAAGAAAUAUGGCAGGUUCAAUCCAGCGGUGAUCCCCGUGACGAGAAAUUUUGUUGAGUUUCUUGCUCUCUACGGCACGUUUGCGGGUGAGGAUCUUGAGGAUUCGGAUGAUGAAGCAAUUGAGGAUACGGAUGAAGAUGACGAAGCUCCUAACGAACGACGACCACUGCUGGAACGCCGUCGAAGUACUAGGCAGACCCAAAAAGGCGAUGCGGGCAGAACCAAGACCUUCUUCACCUUGCUCAAGGCAUUCAUCGGGACGGGGAUCAUGUUCCUGCCUAAGGCGUUCAAUAAUGGAGGCAUUGUGUUUUCAUCCAUGACUCUGAUCACCGUGGCCGCCGUUACCACAGUUGCAUUUCAUCUUCUGCUUCAAUGUCGCCAGAUCCACGGAAAGUCCGGAUAUGGCGAGUUGGGAGAAGUCAUCGGCGGACCCAAGAUGCGAGCUGUCAUUUUGACCUCGGUCACCAUUUCACAGCUUGGAUUCGUUUGCUCCGGCACGAUUUUUGUGGCACAGAACCUACAUUCUUUUGCCAAGGCCGUGUCGCACGGUCAGAGUCCCAUUUCGACCAACAUCCUCAUCGCUCUGCAAUUGAUUGUGUUGAUACCACUAUCGUUUAUCCGGAACAUCUCAAAGCUUGGGCCUUCGGCUCUGAUUGCAGACAUCUUCAUCCUCAUCGGACUGGGAUACAUAUACUGGUACGACAUUGCAGCGCUGGUCGCGGAUGGGUUGGCCCCGACCGUUCAGUAUUUCAACCCGGACCACUACACGUUGACGAUUGGGGCGGCGAUCUUCACAUUCGAGGGGAUUGGAUUGAUUCUUCCAAUCCAGUCGUCCAUGGCCAAACCAGAACAGUUUGAACCAUUGCUCUGGCUGAUCAUGCUGCUUAUCACAGUCAUCUUCACCUCGAUCGGAGCCCUGUGCUACGCUGUGUUUGGUUCAGCGACCGAGAUUGAAGUCAUCUCCAACUUCCCGCAGGACAGCAAGCUAGUCAACGCAGUACAGUUUUUGUAUUCGAUAGCUGUCAUGGUCGGCAUCCCUGUUCAAUUGUUCCCUCCGGUCAGGAUCCUCGAGGGCCAGAUCUUCGGCCGUCGCUCCGGCAAGCGAGACACCUUUACCAAGUGGAAGAAGAACGGCUUCCGCACUCUUCUGACCGUCCUGUGUGUAUUGGUGUCUAUUCUUGGGGCCAACAACUUGGAUCGCUUUGUCGCCUUGAUUGGCUCUUUUGCCUGCGUUCCCCUCGUCUACAUCUAUCCUCCACUUCUCCAUUAUAAGGGCGUCGCUGAGACGAGGGCUGCAAAGGCUGGUGACAUUGCCCUAAUCGUCGUUGGCACCGUUUGCAUGAUAUACACCACUAUUGUCACCGUGGUCAACAGUUUUAUUCAGUAACUUUACUGGAAGUCCAUCGAGGCCGGUGGUUUGAAAUGAGCAUUUAAGGGGGAAUUUUGAGAUCAAAUCUCGUAACAAAAGAUGUACCGUCCAGACGGAUUUUAGCCAGUGGCAUUUAUCGGACAGAUCAUGAUUCGUCUCUGAUGGUUGGGGCGGAAAUAACGACAUGAUCGCAUAUGAUUAGGGAUAAGACGACACAUGCAAAAGUUCAGGCGUUGGAUAUUGAUUGGUAGUACAUUUGAAAGGCUG